AGAGCAGCGGCAGACAUGAUGAGCACCAAGGCCUUCACCUUGGUCUCUGCCGUGGGCUGGGAGCUGCUAGCAGGCGACAAGGAGCGUGUGCACGUAGAAUGCGUGGAGUGCUGCGGGAAGAACCUCUACGUGGGCACCAGGGACUGCGUCGUUCACCACUUCCUGCUGGAGGAGCGGGCGCUGCCCACCGGGACGGCCACCUUCUCUGCCGCCAAGCAGCUGCACCGACACCUGGGCUUCCGGAAGCCAGUGAAUGAGCUGCGAGCGGCCUCGGCCCUCAACAGGCUGCUGGUGCUCUGUGACAACUCCAUCACCCUGGUCAACAUGAUGAGCCUGGAGCCCGUCCCCUCGGGGGCGCGCAUCAAAGGGGCCGCGGCGCUGGCCUUGAACGAGAACCCUGUGAACGGAGACCCGUUCUGCGUGGAAGUCUGCAUCAUCUCGGUCAAGCGCAGGACCAUCCAGCUGUUCCUGGUAUACGAGGACCGGGUUCAGAUCGUCAGGGAGGUGUCAACGCCGGAGCAGCCCCUGGCCGUGGCCGUGGACGGCGACUUCCUGUGCUUGGCUCUGACCACACAGUACAUCAUCCUGAACUACAACACGGGCUUCUCCCAGGACCUGUUUCCUUACUGCAGCGAGGAGAAGCGCCCCAUUGUCAAGAGGAUCGGGAGACAGGAGUUCCUCCUGGCAGGUCCCGGAGGACUGGGCAUGUUUGCCACAGUUGCUGGUAUAUCUCAGCGAGCCCCCGUGCACUGGUCGGAGAAUGUGAUCGGGGCGGCCAUUUGCUUCCCAUAUGUCAUAGCGCUCGAUGAUGAAUUCAUCACGGUGCACAGCAUGUUGGACCAGCAGCAAAAGCAGACCCUGCCCUUUAAGGAAGGCCACAUUCUACAGGAUUUUGAAGGAAGAGUGAUUGUCGCCACAAGUAAAGGAGUUUACAUCUUGGUUCCCUUACCCCUGGAAAAGCAAAUACAGGAUCUUCUAGCAAGCCAUAGAGUGGAAGAGGCUUUGGUGUUAGCAAAAGGAGCCCGGAGGAACAUUCCAAAAGAAAAAUUUCAGGUAAUGUACAGAAGGAUUCUGCAGCAGGCCGGGUUUAUACAGUUUGCACAACUUCAGUUCCUGGAAGCUAAAGAGCUCUUCAGAAGCGGCCAGCUUGACGUCCGGGAGCUGAUCUCUCUCUACCCCUUCCUGUUGCCCACCUCCUCCUCAUUCACACGAUCCCAUCCUCCUCUCCACGAGUACGCGGACCUGAACCAGCUGACCCAGGGGGACCAAGACAAGAUGGCCAAGUGUAAGCGCUUCCUCAUGAGCUACCUGAACGAAGUCCGCAGCACAGAGGUCGCCAAUGGCUACAAAGAGGACAUCGACACGGCCUUGCUCAAGCUAUACGCGGAGGCCGACCACGACAGUCUGCUGGACCUCCUGGUCACCGAGAACUCCUGUCUUCUGACAGACAGCGCUGCUUGGCUGGAGAAGCACAACAAGUAUUUUGCACUUGGACUGCUCUAUCAUUAUAAUAACCAAGAUGCUGCUGCCGUUCAGCUCUGGGUGAACAUCGUGAAUGGGGACAUUCACGACUCCACUCGCUCAGACCUAUACGAAUAUGUCGUCGACUUCCUUACCUACAGCUUAGACCAGGACCUUGUGUGGAAGUAUGCUGAUUGGGUCCUGCAGAAAAGUGAAGAGGUUGGAGUUCAAGUUUUCACCAAGAGACCUUUGGAUGAACAGCAGAACAGUUUCAACCCAGACAGUGUAAUCACUUGCCUUAAGAAAUACCCUAAAGCCCUUGUCAAGUACCUGGAACAUCUAGUCAUAGACAGGAGCUUGCAGAAGGAAGAGUACCACACGCAGCUGGCCCUCCUCUACCUGGACGAGGUGCUGAGGCAGAAGUCCGGCACCAGCAGCAAGGCUGCGGAAGCCUCGGAGAUACAGCUAAAGCUCCAGCACCUGCUCCAGAAGUCCGAUUUGUACCGCGUCCACCUGCUGAUAGAUAGAAUCCGGGGCGCCGGGCUCCCCAUGGAGAGCGCCAUCCUGCACGGGAAGCUGGAGGAGCACGAGGAGGCCCUGCGCAUCCUGGUGCACGAGCUGCGGGACUUCGCGGCAGCCGAGGACUACUGCCUGUGGCGCUCGGAGGGCAGGGACCCGCCGUACCGGCAGCGGCUCUUCCACACGCUGCUGGCCAUGUACCUCCAGCCCGGCCCCACCGCGCCCGAGCUGGCCAUGGCCGCCACGGACCUCCUGAACCACCACGCGGCCGACUUCGACGCCGCCCGCGUCCUGCCGCUGCUGCCGGGCACCUGGUCGGUGCAGCUGCUGCACCCGUUCCUGGCCGGGGCCGUCAGGAACAGCGUGCACACCCGCAGGACCGCUCAGGUGGCUCUGGGCCUGGCCAGGUCCGAAAACCUGAUCUACAAGUACGACAAGAUGAAGUUGAAAGGAAGCUCAGUUCAGCUCUCGGACAAAAAGCUCUGCCAGAUGUGCCAAAAUCCCUUUUGUGAGCCUGUGUUUGUUAGAUAUCCAAAUGGUGGGCUCGUCCACACCCAUUGUGCCGCCAGCAGACACACGAACCCCAGCCCCCCCGGCCCCGGCGCGCGGACUUGAAGAGGCCCAGCCGAGGGCGCAACGGGGACCCUGAGUUCUUUACCAAGCCUGCUGGGUGCAGAGGGCAGAAAGCCGCUGCACUGGUGUCGGCCAGGGGGUGACAUCUGGGCGCUGGGGAGACCUCAGUCAAUGUGAAACUGCUGACCACCCCACCCUGAAUGUACGCUGAAAAUCCCGGAGACAGACACACGUCAGGGUUCGCCCGUCCCGGGGCACAGUAAUCCCAAACAAAUGUCUACUUUCAGAGGAAAAUGAGCCUUCCGCGUGCCGUCCAGACAAGCUGGACCCCCCACCCCGGCGCCCCGGUCUUCAGACGCGCAUUUGCACUGGAAACAUUUGCUUCAGCGCGGCAGAGUCGGAACUCUCGCUGGGCAGGGUGAGGGGCACGGCCUUGGGGGGCCGGGGGCUGCUUCCGGGAUUACCUCGUGGGCUCUGCCUUUGCCCUUAGAAACGGCUGACCUUGGGGGGGGUCUUUCUGUUCUUGCCUACUUCCCACCUGGCUCGCAACCCCUCACAGCUUCUGCCCUGUGUCCCCGAGCGCCCCCUCUUGGGGAAGUCGAGGACCCACUGGAAAGUGCUAAAGCCCCAGGUGAGAAGCUGCUGGCCCCGCGUGCAAGACGGCAGACAGCAGGCCUGUGGCACGUGAGGGCCCCCGUGUCGCCGGUCGGGCCUGGCCCAGCCCGCCCCGCCACCUGCUGAUUUGAAACUCCACGAUUGACACGACUGACUAGAAAUUAUUAUUUGAAGUUCUGUCAUCUCUGCCGUUUCCUCUGCUUUAGAAUUUCAUCUGUCAUAUCCAUUAGGGACAUUUUUUUUUUCCUGUUAAAAUGUACCUCCUGCUGACCCCUCGGGAAAUGAAAAGGGAGACGUUAUGAGCACAAGCCACGCGGAAGUUCACGAGAGGCCGGUUUAGCCUCGCCCCAGUCACACGUCAGGGUUCUGGCAGCGGGUGACAGCUGCCCUGGCCUGUGACGAGGCGCCAUCUUGCCUGCCGGGCGCUUCUGCACACCCCGACGAGGAAGUCCAGUCAGGCUGCCUUACCUCCCAGCACUUUACACGCCUGCUCUGAGGUUUCCUGAACACACAGGAGGGGUCCCUCUUGUUCACCACAGACUGGGGAUUCGCCGUGUUUCUGCCGAACAUCGCGGAGAAGCCGAAGCCGUCCUUACUUCACUGCCCUCUUUUGAAUUUCCUCACUGGGAUUAAUGAUUCCAUUAGGAACUGUACCCCCUGCCGUCACGCUGGGAAAGCAAGCACUAGCUUGUAUGUGUCGCAGGAGAGGACCCUGGAAUACCGCCUCUCUCCGUCAGCCCGAGCCUUACAGGGCGGGGGCUGAAGAUCUCACGGUCCGCUCCCGAGACAGUGCUCUCCUGUACUGAUUGAUAAUGGCCAGUCUUCUUCUUCCUCCUGUGAUUCUAAGUGGCCCAAGAAAGCAAAGGCACUCCUGCAUUCCCCCAGCCGUGUCUCCAUCUGAAGAAUCAGUGAUGAAGAAACGCGCCUUGUAACUCAGCCGCAUACUGUGUCAGUGGGGAUGAAGUCGAAGCGGGGUCGUGAGUUGACCCUGUGGAUGACUGGUGCGGAAUGGUCCUGUUACCGUGCACGGUACCAUCACAAGUCGCGAGCUUGCCUUUCUCCCUCAGAGAAUAAGUCCCUAGCGCGUGCAGGACCCCGCUGCUGAAAGCACUGUUCCACCGGCCACAUUGUGUGGUCUGGAGAGCGCCUUGGGAUUGCUCAUUCCUAACUUGGGGACACUAGUCUCCGCUCUCUCUGAACAUUGGUCAGUUUCUUGAAACGUUUGUCAUCCUUUCGAAUGACGGGGAUUAAAGUCGAGUCGUCUCCUGUGUUCAGAACCGUACCUUGCUCUCCUCUUUCUCUGACUCCCAUGGGCCCUUUUCGCAAGUCAGAUUUUUAAAAUAAAUACAUGGUUCUUUCUAAAGGCCUGCUGUUUUGUGACUGUGGCAUUGACUAGGACAAUUAGAACAUUGCUCAGCCCUUUCCUCCCCUCAUUAAGUUCUGUGUAACCAUUCUAGUUAAAACAGCAUGAACUGAACCCAGUUGGCAUUAAUAUUCUAUGGGCGAUACUGUUGGGUUUUAGGAACUGUUUCUCUGCUGUUGCCUGUCAGGUAUUAACGUGGCAGCGUCCCGGAGGGUGUGCAGCACUGGGCCUGAGCUCAGAGCCGAAGAGCUCAUGCCCACGAGCUUGGUAAAUGUGCUAGCUGAGGUCCGGAGUCCAGAGCGGUUCGGGUGGCCGUGGGGUCGCACCACCAAACCAAUGCCCGUCACACAACGAGGGUAGCCCUUGCUUUUUGCUUGCUCCCCUGUGGAAACCUUUGUCCUUGCAACUUUAUCCUUCACCCCUGGUCGGGUUCCAAAUACACAAGAUGUACAAAUGUAAACUUGUUGAUUUUAUUAAAAUUCUUUUA